CCUGUGACUAGUCCAGUCUGGCAGUUCAUUGCACCGUACUACAAUUCUGUUUCUGAUAUUUUUUGUUAUUCAACUCUUAAUUUUUGUUUGUUAAUUACGUCAUCUUUAAAUCCAAGAUGUUUGCCUUGUUUGGAACCUCGAAAACUCGCCCGAAGAUGAUUGUGCCAUACGAGUGGAUACUGGAAAAUGUCGAGGAAGAACCCAUGACUAUUACAUCGAAAAUGAUUUCGUUUGGAGGCGAAAAAGUUUUCCGAGUUGGGUUGAAGAACUACGCCGAAUAUUCCAUUUUGUUUUUCGUGGUAACUUAUCUCAACAAAAUCGGAAUGGAAGUGGAAGAUGUCAUGUACGGAAUCCAAGGUAGUGGCACAGGUCCAGCAAUCAUGAAGCCAAUGAAAAUGGAAAAUAUCGGCUACUGUGAAAAUCUUCACUUAUUUAAUACUAUACUUGACAAGAAGAUUGUUGGAAGUUGCACGUUUAUGUUUCGAAUUGUCAUCACAGGAAAUUCAGAAUCCUAUGGUUAUCGACUGUGUGAUCGACUUGCCAAGUCGCAAUUGUGGGCUGCUUUAGAAAAUCAACAGAAUCUGGCGGACGUUAAAUUUGUCGUGAAAGACAAAUCAUAUCCUGCACACAAAGCCAUCCUUGCUGCCCGCAGUCGAGUGUUUGCAGACGAAUUCGAGAAAAUACAACCGGGAAAAGACGGCCCUCAUCUGAUCCGAAUCGAAAUCGAAGCAGAACCUUCAACCAUGUUGAAUUUUCUUCACUUCAUCUACACAGGAGAGUUAUUGGGAACGUUGGCAGAUGAAAAAUUGUUCAAGUUAGCUCGUAGGUACAAUUCGCCAACUUUGUAUACAAUUGGCGAAACUGCUCUGAUGGAAAUGAAUGAAACGGCGAUGGCAAAACUGAUGGACAGUUUAAAUGAUGAAAUUGAUGCAGUUUAUCCUUCAAAAAUCAUGCCGGAAAAAGAUAUUGAAAUAUCUUUUGAUCGAAUGUCCACUUUUCGAUGCACUUUGCGAUUCGAUAGUUUCACUACAUCUGAAAUUGGAUUUCCAAAAUGUAUAAUGGAAUAUCAAGAUGAACAAUUGUUUUUCGCUUACAUCACUGAAGAUUACGUAGAAAACCAUCAACCUUUGAUUCAUUUGAUAUGCGCCAAACAUCGAAGAUUCGGCUUUAAAGUUGUGGAUAUUUAUUGCAGCAAAAAGGGACAGGAUCAGUGGUUCAAAAUGGAAGCGAAGAAAUCAAAAGAAAACGCAGAAUUACUUCAACAUUUUACCGUCAAAUGGAACUUGGAUUUUCAACGCAGCAUGAAACGCCCAAUUCAAUUCGACUUUGACAUUAAAGUCGUCAGCACGAUUGAAAAUUCUUAUUACGCGAUGAUGGACAAACAUUGGAUGAAGAAUUUAUGGGUUGCCGCAACACAACAAAAAUUUACUGAUGUUGAAAUAUUUUUUGGGACUGUUAAAAUGAUGGAAGCUCAUCGAGUUAUUUUAUGCGCCCGGAGCCCAAUCCUGAAUGAGUCUCUAAGCAAGAUCAGCAACACGGAGAAAUCUAUCGUCACAUUCGGGAUGGAAUUCGAUAAAAGUAUUGUGUAUUGUUUCUUGAAAUUCCUUUACACCGGCCGUUUAGAGUGGAGUCCGGAUUGGAAUGCAAACACUAUGCAGUUAAGUAAAUUGGCCGCGAUGUACGAAGUGGAGACGUUGAAAAAUAUUUGUCAGCUACUCAGUGCCAGCCCACCGGAUGCAGAACAAUUAACUAACUUUCUUUUAGAGCUGUAAUCGUCGAGUCACCGUAAUUCUUUGAUUGAAUAUUCCACAUGAGUUGUGUAUCUAUGUCGUUUAAAUACAGAAAAUUUUGGGAA